CUAGAUAUUAGUUCCUUCCUCUAAAAACGUGUCGGAUCAUACUCCCCUUAUCGUCCUUAUCAGCCCACCUUAUCGGCGAUCCUAGAUGACGGCCCUUACCCCACCACGAGCUUCUCCAAAACAUAAACCCCCGCACCAGAACCCUAUAUCUCCCUCUCCUUCCUCCACCACUCCUCCAAAAACAACAUCGUAACUUCCCCCAGAAACCAACUCCCCUCCAACUCAACCACCAAAAACCACCACAAUGUCCACCACCGCCAUCCCCCUCCACCCCCCCACCGCCCUCCCCGCCUCCGCUGCAUCCCACUCCCUCGCCCCCUCCGCCCUCUCCUCCCUCUCCUUCCUCGCCUCCUCCGCCCGCUCCGCCGCCUACGCACCUUACUCCCGCUUCCGUGUCGGCGCCGCCGUGCUGCUGUCAGACGGCACAGAGGUCUCCGGCGCGAACAUCGAGAACGCGUCGUACCCCGUCGGCACCUGCGCCGAGCGCGUCGCGCUGGGUUCCGCGAUCAUGGGUUUGCUUGAUCAUGGGCAGAAUAAGAGGGCGAAGGUGGAGGUGGGGGAGGUGGAGAGGGAGGAGAGGGCUGGGGUCGCGGAGUUUAGGGGGGGGUGGAAGAAGGGGACGUUUAGGGCGUUGGCGGUUACGAGUGAUGCGGUGGGGGUGAUUAGUCCGUGUGGGAUGUGUAGGCAGUUUAUCAAGGAGUUCUGCGAGCCGUUGAUGCCGGUGUAUAUGUUUGACAAGGAGGGGAAUUUCCACGUCCUCACUGUGGAGCAGUUACUCCCGCUGUCGUUUACGAUGGAUUCGAUGCCAGAUCUGGUUGCGACGGCUGAGGCGAGGGGGAAGGCGUCGUAAGUUCCGUAAGGAAAGGGGAAUGGAGUUAUAAUAUUCGGUGGGCGAGAGGGGAAAAGGGGGUGAGUAUUUUUGGCUGGUAUUGGACUGUAUUUAUCGAAAACCAAGUUGGGCGCCUAAAAUUGAUACAGUUUGACUUUUCA